AUGAAUAUAUCAAGAUUGGAUAGAAAACUACUAAACAACUCAAACAUAUACAAUGCAUGUAAUGGAGAUUAUCACGAAAAUAGAGCAAUUAAUAGAAAAUAUUUAGUUGAUAAUAAAGAAUCAAUAAAUCACAAAUUAAUUAAAACUCCACAAGGUAUAAAAAUAAUAAUAGAUAAAUCAGCUUCAGAUUUAGAUGAUGUGUUUUUUAAAUACGGUAAUUCAUUUCCACCUGAUGAUUUGUUAGAUAUGAUAAAGCCAGGCCAUUUGAAAAUUCCUAUAGUUUAUAACUCAAAUUUACCUUCUUCUGAUUUAUUAAAAGCUAUACAUUAUUUUGUAUCUAAAAAAUAUAGUCAUGAUGAAAAAGACACUGUAAUAAAUGAGGUUGAGAAAAACGGGAAGAGAAGUCGAUUGAGAAAAGAUGAUAAAAAGAGGAUACCCAAAUAUUUAGAUUCAAUGGAUGAACUGAGUUUAUUAUUUAUGGGAAUGUUAAUUGAAUCUUGGUGUGAUGAUUUGAUCACUGAAGAUGUAUGUAAAAUGUUUCUAACGAAAGAACAAAUUUCUUCAGAUGAGGAAGACGACAGCAAUAGCUCCAUUGAAGAAACUAGUAGUGAUGAAGAAGAGUCAGAAGAGUCUGAAUGGUGCGAUAGUGACGAAAGGGAACAAUUGUGGAAAAGAGGCAAACCUCAUGAAUUGACUACUACUGAUGAAGAAGAGUCAAGUGAAGAGGAGGAUCUGACAGAAAGUUCAUCUUUAAGUGAUGAAGAAGAAGGUGAGAAUAUUAAUGAAUAG